AUGACACCAACGGAAGACAAAGAUGAGGGUAAAAAAGAUCUGUUUUACGACACUUUGGACAGGAAACUAGCCCAACUUSCCAAACAAKACAUGUCACUCAUCUUGGGAGGUUUCAWUGCGAAAAUUGGACAASAAAAGGCGCUAAGACCUCUUGUGGGCAUGCACAGCCUGCACGAUGCUUCCCACCACAAUGGUCUGAGAGUGGCAGAUCUUGCAGCAAGUAGUAUGUUAAUAAAGUCCACCACUAUGUUUGAACACCAAGAUAUACGCAAAAUGACAUGGGUAUCUAAUGAUGGCSUAACCAGGAACCAAAUAAAUCACGUUAUAAUUGAUACAAGGCAGGGAMGUAAUAUACUAGACGUGAAAAGCUGCAGGGGAGCAGAUGCCGAUUCAGAUCAUUUUCUGGUCAAAGCCAAGAUCAAAGCUAGAAUAUAUACAGUUMAGAACAAGCGAACCAGUCGUCUCUCUCCUGAGUAG